AGCUUCAUGAAGAGGAGGAUAAAAAUAUAGUGAGAACCAGGUCAACAACACUUACAAAACUCAAAGGGCCACUUAGUUCGCACCGAACAACAAUCAGCUUUGACAAAGUUUAGCAUCUCCAGCAAAGCCAAAUGUCUUUUAUAAGUACCAUGAUCCGCAGAGGCAUCUCUAACACCAAGAUCCUGAGAUCUACUAGUUGGUGCUUGGCUAAUAGAUUCCUCACCCCUGACCAUACCAUCUCUAACGUAAACAACAUGGAUAAGACUGACGAAAAUACCAGUCUUGGUGUUAAUGGUAAUCGUAGUUAUAGUUCUGGCGGAGUGGGAUUGCCUUCAUACAUGCGUGCAGCUGUGUUUCGGGAACCCAAUAAGCCCCUCACCAUUGAAGAGUUCCAAAUUCCUCGCCCCAAAGCUGGCGAGGUUCUCAUCAAGACCAAAGCCUGUGGAGUCUGCCACUCUGAUCUCCAUGUUAUGAAAGGUGAACUUCCAUUUUCUAGUCCUUGUGUUGUGGGGCAUGAGAUAACUGGUGAAGUUGUUGAACUUGGGCCACUCACAGACCACAAAUUAAUAGAAAGAUAUCCGAUUGGGUCCCGCGUUGUGGGAGCUUUCAUCAUGCCUUGUGGUAAUUGUUCCUACUGUUCAAAGGGCCAUGACGAUUUAUGUGAGGAUUUCUUUGCUUAUAACCGAGCUAAAGGAACUCUUUAUGAUGGUGAAACUCGGCUGUUCCUCCGCGAUGGUGGGACACCAGUUUUCAUGUAUAGUAUGGGAGGCCUUGCUGAAUACUGUGUUGUGCCAGUACAUGCAUUGACUAAUUUACCAGAAUCAUUGCCAUACACAGAGUCUGCAAUUUUAGGAUGUGCAGUUUUUACUGCUUAUGGAGCCAUGGCUCACGCGGCUGAGGUGCGUCCUGGGGAUUCUGUUGCUGUGAUUGGAGUUGGGGGUGUUGGUUCAAGUUGUUUGCAGAUAGCAAGAGCCUUUGGUGCUUCUGAUAUUAUUGCUGUGGAUGUUCAGGAUGAUAAACUGCAGAAAGCCAAGUUAUUUGGUGCCACUCACACUAUAAAUGCAAAACAAGAAGAUGCCAUUGAAAAGAUAAGGGAAAUAACUGGGGGAGCAGGUGUGGACGUUGCAGUGGAAGCCUUAGGAAAACCACAGACAUUUUUCCAGUGUUUCAAUAGUGUGAGAGAUGGAGGAAAAGCUGUAAUGAUAGGACUAACGCAAUCUGGUGCCAUAGGGGAGGUGGAUAUAAACCGUCUUGUUCGUAGAAAGAUUCAAGUCAUUGGUUCCUAUGGAGGAAGGGCUAGGCAAGAUCUCCCCAAAUUGGUGAGACUGGCAGAAACUGGUAUCUUCAAUCUCUCUGAUGCUGUUUCUAGAAAAUACACAUUUGAGGAGGCAGGCCAAGCAUUCCAGGAUCUCAACGAGGGAAAAAUUGUCGGUCGAGCUGUGAUUGAGAUAAUGUAAUUCUGGCUCACCCCAAGUAACAGUCGUUGCUGGCAGAGUACUAGGCACCUUUCCUGCAUGGCUACAUAUAUGAUAAUAUGCCCUGAAAGCUCCAUCAAUAAAUACCACAAGCUACUGGACCAGAUUACUUAUAUUGCUUCCUGGUCCACCUCUUGAGCAGGUUCUGAUUGUGGAUAGCAAAUAACUAGCUUUGGCUACAUUGCUGUAUUUUUUUCUUUUAGCUUUUUGUUUUUUGUUUUCAUAUUUCCUUCAAAUUACUUGUAACAUGACUUGAAGUCUUUUGAAAUGUGCAAUGGAUUUUUUUUAA